AUGGCCACUACCUUCUCUCAGACAGGUCUUCCCGCGAAGAAUGAUCCGCAAAUGAACCAAACAACGUUAAAUGAUCAGCCAACCCCCGAUAGUCCCACAGCCGGAGAUGUCGAGAAGCAAAAGACGACUGCGCCCGAGGAGGAGGAGGAGGAGGCGAUGGCCAAGCAAUCAGCCUUCAAAAGUCUUGGCUGGUUAGACCGUUUCCUGGCUGUCUGGAUUUUCCUUGCCAUGGCUAUCGGAAUUAUACUGGGCAACUUCGUGGAAAAUACGGGACCCGCCCUUCAGAAGGGGCAGUUCGUUGGGGUUUCUGUUCCGAUAGCGAUUGGUCUCCUGGUCAUGAUGUAUCCUAUUCUUUGCAAAGUGCGAUACGAAUCUUUACACCAGGUCUUCCAGGCGCGGGAGAUAUGGGUCCAGAUCGCGUUCAGUAUAUUUGUCAACUGGAUCAUUGCUCCAUUCUUGAUGCUCGCACUCGCAUGGGCUUUCCUACCGGACGAGCCAGAACUUCGGGAGGGCUUGAUUCUCGUUGGACUGGCGAGAUGUAUUGCUAUGGUUCUCAUCUGGACCGGUCUCGCAGGUGGUGAUAGUGAAUACUGUGCCAUCCUUGUUGCAAUCAAUUCACUUCUGCAGAUGGUGCUUUUCGCUCCUAUGGCGAUAUUCUUCAUCAAUGUGAUAAGUCAUUCGAGCAAUCAAGUCGCGAUGUCUUAUUCUACAAGUGCGAAAAGUGUGGCAGUUUUCCUGGGCAUUCCUCUCGGGGCUGCAAUCCUCACCCGUAUGACGCUGCGAAAGAUCGCUAGCCCGCGCUGGUACGACCAGGUCUUUUUGAAAUGGGCUGGCCCGUGGUCACUCAUUGGCCUUCUCUUCACCAUCCUUGUGUUGUUUGCAUCCCAGGGCCGCCAGGUGGUGCAUCAGAUCGUGUCAGUCGUCCGCGUGGCUGCUCCUCUGAUCGUUUAUUUCAUUAUUGUCUUCUUCGUCACUCUUCUUGUGACCUACAAACUCGGGUUUGGUUACAAGUUGGCUGCCACUCAAAGUUUCACCGCUGCUAGCAACAACUUUGAGCUGGCCAUUGCUGUCGCUGUUGCAACGUUUGGGGCCAACAGUAAUCAAGCUCUGGCCUCCACCGUGGGCCCGUUGAUUGAGGUUCCGGUACUACUUGGCCUUGUCUAUGUCGUCAAGUUUAUAGCAAAGCGAGUUGGCUGGAAGGAUUGA